UGACCUCUUCCCCUUCCAAUCUGCCCAGCCAUCCAGCAACCUGUAAGCAAGAAGAGCUCCAGGAGUAAGGACAGGAAGAAGCUCGGGGAGACGUACUAUGGCUUUAAAAGUCCUGAACAUACAAGACGAGGUUUCCUGUCCCAUCUGCCUGGAGCUUUUGACAGAAUCCCUGACUCUAGACUGUGGCCACAGCUUCUGUCAAGCCUGCAUCACUAUGAACACCAAGGAGGUAGAGAUCAGCCCAGGAGAGGAAAGCAGCUGUCCUGUGUGUGGUGUCAGAUUCUCACUUGGAAACCUAUGGCCUAAUCAGCAUCUGGUCAACAUAAUGGAGAGAAUCAGAGAAUUCAGGUUGAACGCAGAGGAAGAGCUGAAGAGAGACCUCUGUGUGCGCCAUGAAGAGAAACUCCGGCUCUUCUGUAAGGAGGAUAGAAAGGUCAUUUGUUGGCUUUGUGAGCGGUCUCCGGAGCACCGUGGUCACCACACAUUCCUUGUGGAGGAAGUAGUCAAGGAAUGUCAGGAGAAGCUCCAGGCAGCUCUGGAGCGGCUGAGGAAGGAGCAGCAGAAAGCUGAGAAGUUGGAAGCUGACAUCAGAGAAGAGAGGACUUCCUGGAAGUACCAGGUACAGACUGAGAGACAAAGGAUAUGGACAGAAUUCAGUCAGCUUAGAAGCGUCCUGGACAGUGAAGAGCAGAGAGAACUGCAAAAAUUGGAAGAAGAGGAGAAGAGGAUACUGGAUAGCUUGGCUGAGGCUGAGGCUGAGCUGGCUCAGCAGAACCAACUGGUGAAAGAGCUCAUCUCCGAUCUGGAGCAUCGCCGGGAAUGGUCAACAGUGGACCUGCUGCAGGUAAGAGGAAUGCCCCAAUUUAGAAUUCUUGAAACACAGUCUAAGCUACCUUCUUUUCUGUGUCCUUGGGCUCCAAUCUUGGUGUUGACACUAAGAGGUUCCUUUGUCUUUGUGGAGCCCUUCUUUGUCAUCCAUUCAAGAUAUUAUGGACCAUUGAAUAUAAGCAUUCCAGGGGAGUGUCCUACUUUAUUAUUUUAUGAAGUCAGGGAAUACAUUUGACCUUGGAGAGAAGAUCCAUGGAAUCCAGUGGUAUUCUCUAGACCCCUAUUUUCUGUGAUCCAGUGUGGACAAAUCUCAAGUUCUUUUCAUUCAUCUUAGGCACAGGCAAAUACAUGCAGUUUCAGGUGUAAGAAAUAUAUCCCCCUUUUUUUUAAAUUAAAAAAAAAUCUGUAUUUAUGAUUGCAAACUUCUCUUGUUAGCUUUUUUUUUUUUUUUUAAAAAAAAACAUGAAGAGAUAGAACAUUGAGCCUUUUCUUAGGAGGAUGGGCAAAUAUAUGGAUAGGAGAUAUUAUACUUGAGUAGUGAGAAUCUGUGUGCAAGUGUGUAUGUGAGUAUGUGUGUGCCAGAAAUGUUGCUGGUGUCAGGAAAGCAUGCUGGUGCAAAUCUGUAGACAAUUGAGGGAACAAUUUGAACUAAUGUUAAAAUUUAAAGUUUUUUUUU